ACUGUGUAACGUUGUUAUCACGUCGUGUCGUCACAGUUUGACCUCCUGACUCACUCUGAUCAUCACGUGUGAUGAUGCUUUUCCUGUCGCCUCAGAGCCCCUUUAAGGUCAAAGUGUGUGUGUGUGUGUGUGUGUGUGUGUGUGUGUGUGUGUGUGUGUGUGUGUGUGUGUGUGUGUGUUCUUGUCUGUGCACGUUUUACUGGAUUGAAAUAAUAAAAAGACAAAGAUCAUUUCUCAGACUUGAGCCUGUUUCUGUGCGGUGUGAGGAUGUUUGUUGAAUGUAAUGAUGUUGUGUGUGUUUUGUGGUUUUGGAACAUUCUUUGUUUAUUCUGGGAUGUUCUGGGUUCUCCGGCACCGAGGAUUCUGGACUGUUCCUUGUGUCUGUCUGUGGUUCUGACUGUUUCUGUUUGGAUCAUUAACACAGUUCUGUUCUGUCACAAACACACAGCACACACGAUGUGACCUGUUUGAGGUUUCCAAAUCCCAUCAUGCACUUGUGUGUAUACACACACACACACACACACACACACACACACACACACACAGUUAAUCUGGCCUGUUGGUGAGCAGCCAUUUGUCUCUGUUUCAGGAUAUCUGAUGGGAUUAACACACACAGCUCGGUCUGCUGUGUGUGUUUGUCUUCUGUCUGCUUGGAUUUCUGUCUCUUUGUGCUUGUCUGAAGAUAUUUCUGAUUCUGGAAACACUGAACGGUUCUGUUCUGAUCUCUGACUUCUGCCUGGGCUCGUUAUUCAGUAAAUGUUGUUUCCUGGAGGUGAGUUCAACACAUGGAGAGACUCCAGCUGUCCUGUUCGCUCAGCGCUCUAACUUUGAGAGUUUUGCAGUUCAGAGCUGGAGUGAACGUUGGAUGAUGGUCGUAUAACAAACGUGGACAAAAUGGACGCAACGCCGUGUGGAUCAUGAACAGGGAUCGAAAACAGGAAGAGAAAAUGGAGGGAGGGGUGAGAACACCAGCGAGCUGAAGAAACAGAUGAACAGAAGCGAGGAGAGAACUCAACACCGACAGGAAGGAGAAGAAGAAACAGACCAGUGAAGGUGUGACGAGGCAUGAGACAGGUGUCACCUGGACCACACACACACACGCACACACACACACACACAAACUGUUAGCUUUAGCCUCAGUCUGUUGGCAUUAUAUGAAACAAGUUGUGCAUAUUUAAAACUUUUUUAAGCUAAUUAUAUUCACUGAAAACUUUCAGACAUCAUGGGGAUAACGUUAGCUUCAUUAGCUAGUUAGGUAGCCACAGUGACAUCAUCAGAAACAGUCAGAAGGGGCGGGGCUUGAUGGUAUAGUGGAGAGGGUGUUUCCGUUCCCUGUGAGGAGCAAAUUACUAUGAUUGAGAUGAACUAAUUCCAGAGAUUAAUGGACCGGUGCUGUGACGUGAGCGGAUUAGCCCUCAAACCCGUUUGGACCCGGGCCAGCACCAGGUGUUCAGGCCAACUGUCCUGCUGAGAGGCCGUCAGGUCACAGAUCUGUUGGCUGUCGCCGCUGUUGUAAACCAUGGACGAUGACCGCGGCAGGCUGGAGAAUGGCGACUGCGAGCUGGCACGGCAGGCCAGUGACAUCACCUUCAGCGCAAACAUAAGCCCCGCCCCCAGCCUGAGGAGGAAACAGCUGAUGUGGCAAAACGCCGUCAGAAACAUCAUCGACCAGCACAACCUGUACUCGCUGAGGCUCGCCGGGGGCCUGGAGAGAGGGCGGCACCGCAUCAUCGUCACCGACGCCUACAUCGCUGACAUCAACAGGCAGAUUCGCAAUAAGGCGACUCGUGGAACAUUGUGGCAGAAGCGUCGCUCGUCGGCCGCUCGCAUCCACCCGUCACUGCCCCGGAUCAGCGCCGCCACAAAACCCAAACACGACUCGCAAGGUGACGCCGACUUCCUCGUGUCCUCGGGGUCGACUGUGAGAGGCGUCUUCAUCCCUGCACUGCAACACACAUUCAAGUCUCCGGACUUGGAGCAGCUGUACCAGCGGUUCUCGUCAGGUCAGAGAAGAACGUCGCUGGUCGUCACCAACGUGAUCGACAUCCUGACCCGACUCCUCAUCUUACUGCUGACAUGGCCGCCGGGCUGGUGGGGCGUGGCCUGUGAUUGGCUCGCCGGCCUUUCCGUCAUCAUGUGGACAGGGAUUUGUGUGCUGGCACUGACCAGGAAGGAAGUGAUGUCAUCACCUCAGUGGCUGAGGUACCUGUCUGUGGCCAGCUGGCUGUCUCAGACGCUGCAGGUGUUGGUGGGCGUGUUCACCUGGGCGGAGAGCGAUCACUCCCGGUACGUCCUCUUCUGCCUGUUCUCCACCUACACCUUGCUGCCCCUCCCCCUGCUCUGGUCCAUCGUUGCUGGGGCGACCACCUCCACCCUGCACCUGCUGCUGGACAUCUUCCGUCACUACGGCGACCACACCUCCAUCAGAAAGGUGCUGUCCAAGGCCCUGCUGUACCUGGCCGUCAACACUGCUGGGCUCUUCAUCCACUACCUGUCAGACCGGACCCAGAGACAGGCCUUCCUGGAGACCCGGCGCUGUAUCGAGGGACGGGUCAGACUGGAGAGGGAGAACCACAGACAGGAGCGCCUGGUGAUGUCCAUCCUGCCUCGUUUCCUGGUCCUGGAGAUGAUCGCUGACAUGGCCCCCAUAGAUGAAUAUCUGCUGCCUCAGCAGUUCCAGAAGAUCUACAUCCACCACUACAAAGACGUCAGCAUCCUGUUUGCUGACAUCAUCGGCUUCACGUCUCUGUCGUUGAUCCUUUCGGCUCAAGAACUCGUUAAAACGCUCAACGAACUCUUCGGGCGCUUCGACAGGCUGGCCGAGGAGCACCAGUGUUUGCGUAUUAAGAUCCUGGGCGACUGUUAUUACUGCGUCUCUGGCGUGCCGGAGCCUCAGCGAGGUCACGCCCGCUGCUGCGUGGAGAUGGGCCUCAGCAUGAUCAACACCAUCCGUUACGUCCGUCGGGAGCUGCAGCAGGAGGUGGACAUGAGGAUCGGGGUCCACUCUGGUUCGGUUCUUUGUGGUGUUCUGGGUGUUCAGAAGUGGCAGUUUGACAUCUGGAGCUGGGACGUCGACAUCGCCAACAGUCUGGAGGCUGCGGGGGUGCCGGGGCGGGUUCAUAUCUCUCGGACGACUCUCGAGUGUCUGGGUGGGAUCUAUGAGACGGAGGCGGGGCAUGGCCAGGAACGCAGCGAGUUUCUCCGGAAACACAACAUCGACUCAUUUCUGAUCCGCCCGGCCCAACGGGAGGAGGCGGAGCCACCAAGAGCGAGACGUCCGAGCUACGACGAGAUGACGACCUGGAGCGCCGAGCUGCCGUUCGGAGACAUCCUGGGAAUGAACUUUAUCCUCGCCACCUUCACCAACGGCUCUUUAACCCAGCUGCCCAAUCAUAUCGCAGCACAGCGGUCAGGAUCACGUGAAGUCAACAAGAGGAUCUGUCAGGCCAUGGAGGUUCGGAGCAGCGAGCGCAUGAGGAAGGAGCACAUCACAACAUUCACUCAGGUGUUCAAGGACUCACACAUGGAGGGAAAGUACUCCCAGAUGAGAGACGAACUCUUCAAGUCCAACAUGGUUUGUUCCUUCAUCAUGCUGCUGCUGCUGAUGGCUGUCCAGGCGCUAAUCCCCGCCCCACGGUUUUUUCCGAUGGUGGCUCAGUUCGUGGUCGGUGGCAGCAUUUACUUCCUGCUCCUGCUGCUGACUCUGGGGGAGGAGUUUAAGAGUUGCCCCGCCCCUCUGCAGUCCCUCUGCUGCUGGGUUCACGAAACCAAGCGCGCCCGCACACUGCUAACACUCACCGCCAUCGCUGUCAACUUCGGAGUCGCCUCCUCAGACAUCCUGUGGUGUGAUUCAUCAGAGGUUCACAUCAACAACAGUGACUCUCUGCCAGCUCCGCCCACCUCCACCUGGGCUGACAUCAACAUCUGCAAACAUCCAGAGUACAUGGUGCUGAGCGGUGUGGUUGCCAUGGUUACCUGUGCCGUGUUCCUCAGGUUGAGUUGCGUGUUGAAGCUGGCCGUCCUCCUGCUGGCUGCCGCCCUCUACACCUACCUCAUAGAGACACAGAGGUCUCACCCCCUUUGCAGGAGGGGGGUGUGUGUUGUUCUCAUGGUGAUGUUUGUGGUCGCUGUCGUCUACAACAGCAGACAGAUGGAGGCGACGGCGCGGCUCGACUUCCUGUGGCGUCUCCAGGCGAGGAAGGAGGUGGAGGACAUGAAGGAGCUGAGGGAGCACAACGAGUGUCUGCUGCUCAACAUCCUGCCGGCCCACGUCGCACAACACUUCCUGGAGAGAGACCGCAAUGAUGAGGAGUUGUACUCACAGUCCUACGAGCGAGUUGGCGUCCUCUUCGCCUCGCUGCCAGGUUUCACCGCCUUCUAUGAGCAGAAGGAGCUCAUUCAUCAGCCCGUCGAGUGUCUCCGCCUCCUCAACAACAUCAUCACCGACUUCGAUGAGCUGCUGGAUGAAUGUUUCUUCCAGGAGGUGGAGAAGAUUAAAACCAUCGGCAGCUCGUACAUGGCAGCUUCUGGCCUCUCACCUGACCGACAGGACUGUGAGGACGGCUGGCAUCACCUCAGCGAGCUGGUUCUGUUCGCUCUGGCCAUGCAGGAAACACUCAAACACAUCAACUCUCACACGGGAAACAGCUUCGCGCUCCGAGUCGGUAUCGCUCACGGCCCGGUGAUCGCAGGCGUGAUCGGUGCCACCAAACCUCAGUACGACAUCUGGGGUCUGACGGUGAACAUGGCGAGCCGGAUGGAGAGCACCGGAGUCAGCGGGAGGAUCCAGGUCCCAGAAUCCACCAGCUGCAUCCUGGUGGAGCGAGGAUUCCUACGGCAGCUCAGAGGGAACAUUUAUGUCAAAGGCAUCAGUGAACGCCACGGGAAGGUUCGCACGUAUUUCGUUGGCAGUCGCGAGGAGCGAUCCAGCUUCACGGAGCGCGGCGGUGGGCGGGGCUUCAGUCUGAACAGGAACACACUGGGAGCGGUGGUCUACAGUCUGGUUCAGGCCAGAAAGAGAGAUAAACUGAUGGAGGAGAACGGAGGAUUCCACCUGGUGGAGGCAUCGUAGACAGGUGUGAACUCUCAACAGAACUGCAGCGUUGAGUUAGUGAACAGAACCCCAACAGAGGAGCAGGCGGGCCUGAUCAUCGGAUCAGAACAUCUUCCUCUGUGGAUCCAAAGUGUUUCUGUUGUGUUACUGUAGUCGUGAACAUCAGACUAAGAUGAUCGACCUCUGCAGACCUUCAACACCUCCUGAUCUGAUCACCUGUCGAGCAGGAACCAGCAGACUCCUCCCACAGGAAGAAGUUCUGAUGGACCUGGAGUCAGUCUGAGUUCCCCAGAACCAGAAGAAAAGUACCAGCAGGUGGAGACGUUUGUGUACGAUGUUUAUCUGAACACUCACAUGUCGUUGUGUGAAGAAAAUUGUCAUUUUUGUGAUUUUUAUAAAUGAAUAAUUAUUGUAGAUUAAGAUGAUUUUUUUUUAACUCACUGGAUUCAAAACAAAAAAAAAAACCUGUUUUUAAAUGUAUAAAUUUACAGAAAUGUAGUUUUUCCAGGCUGCCACAGAAUAAACCAGCAGGUUUCACUUUG